AUGUCUGAGAUGGCGCGCUGGCUGUUUCUUUGCUGCAGCCUUCCUUGCGUAGCUCACAAGGUGGCGGUGGUAGGCGCGGGCAUCAACGGGGGCUCCGCUGUGCACUUCCUGCGGCAACUCACCGAUGAUGAGCUUGUUCUCUAUGAGGCGGAGCGAGAGGUGGGCGGCCGCACCUACACGCAGCGCUUCGCCAACGUCACGGUGGACGUGGGCGGCACAGCCAUCUACUCCAAGAACCGAUACAUGGCCGGCUUCGCCAAGUCUUUCGGUCUGCAGCCAUCGGCGGAUGAUGACCUCAACUCGCUGAUCGGAAUCUGGGACGGACAAAGCAUGCGCACGGAGUUGAACAUGGACAGCAUGGCCAUGUCGGCUUUGAAGCUGCUCUUCCGCUAUGGCCUGAGCCCCCUGCGUGUGAUUCCGGUGGUGAGGGAGGCCGUGGGCCACUUUGAUGGCAUCUACGACCUGCAAGGCGCCGGCCAAAGCUUUGAGACUCCUGCGGAGCUCCUGAGGGCGCUGCGGGUCUUCAACCUCACCCAGACCUCCGCCUACGACUUCCUGGCGGGCCUAGGUGUGGAUGACCGCUUUGUUCGGGAGCUCGUGGAUGGUGCCUCGCGCUGCAACUACAACCAGCCGGGCACCUUGAACGCCUUCGCGGAGCUCAUUUCCCUGGCCGGGGCCGGCGUGGGCGGCCACGUGUUCUCGCUGGCCAACGGCACCCAGGCCGUGGCCCGCGGCCUGGCGCGCUCGGCGUCGCGGCAGCUCUUGGGCGAGCGGGUGACCGAGGUCCAGGAGUCCAACGGCGGCUAUGUGGUGAUUUCUGAGGGCAAAGGAGGCAUCCGCAGGGAGCAGUUUGAUGGCGUGAUCUUGGCUACGCCUUUGGAGCUGACUAAGAUCCGGCUGCCGGCCUCCGCUAAGCAGUUGGGUCGCGGCAGGGAGUACCAGACAACUUAUACUACCUUCGUGCACGGCAUGCUCAACAAGACUUACUUUGGCCUGGAGACAUCCGUUGCUGAGAUCCCUUCGGACAUCUUUACCACGGAAUCUUCCACUUCACCUUUUUCAUCCUAUGGCGUUCACAAAAUCUUGGCGGACGGCUCAGUUGUGGUUAAGCUCUUCUCGCGGACUCAGCUGACCGAUGAGCAGCUGCACGCACUCUUUCCCAAGGUCUUUGAGGUGUAUCGCUACACGUGGAAAGCCUACCCUAAGCUGCAGCCUUUGCCACUAGAGCAGUGGGCGAGCUUCAGGCUGGGCCGGGGCCUCAUCUACACCUCCUGGCUGGAGACCAGCGCAUCCGCCAUGGAGGUGGCAGCCAUCGCUGGCCGCAACGGCGCGCUGCUGAUGCGCGAGGCCCUCCAGGCGAAGACCGCGCGGACCGCACGGUCUACGCGUGAGAGAAAAGAGUUCCGCGGCUUCGCACGGGGCUCGCCUCGACAGGUUCACAACAAGCCUCUGCUCAUUGAGCAAGCCUACGACUAUGGCCGGGUCUUUAAGAAGGCGACCCAUCUUGGUCCUGUACAAUAA